GGCGGGGCCAUGGGCGGGGCCAGCGCGCCCCCUCGCGGCCCGGUGGGGCGGCCGCGGGGGCCCCGGGGCCAGGCCAGGGGUUGUCCGCGCUGUGCCCGCCCCGGCCGGCCCCGCUCCCAGCCCCGCCAGCAGCCGCGCCCCCUACCCAAAAUAGCGCGGGGCGGAGUCGGCACGGCCAUGGCGAGGCAACCUGCAAAGACACUGUGGUACGACCGCCCGCGGUACGUGUACCUGGAGUUUUGUGUCGAAGACAGCACAGACGUGAAGGUCGUCAUCGAGGACCAGCGGCUGGUGUUCAGUUGCAAAAAUGCAGACGGUGUGGAGUUCUACAACGAGAUCAACCUAUAUGCCAGAGUCAACUCUAAGGACUCACGGGAGAAGCGCUCUGACCGGUCCAUCACAUGCUUUAUGAGGAAGUGGAAGGAGAAAGUGGCCUGGCCACGCAUCACCAAGGAGAACAUCAAGGCCCUGUGCAGGAGCAGCCCAUGGGCUGUGAGUCCCUGCGGUGCUGCUCCCCCCUUCAGGGGAUGCUUUCUGUGCCCACAGCCGGCCUGGCUCUCUGUGGACUUUGACAACUGGCGAGACUGGGAAGGUGAUGAGGAGGUGGAGAGGGCCAUGGUGGAGCAGUACGCAGAGCUGUUUGUUUCCCAUCCAGAUGCUGGAGAGGGUGACAGACAAAGGCCCCCCACCAGCCAUGGAUGACCUGGAUGACGACUGAAGUCCGGGCUCCCGGGGAUGCCGCGGCUGCAGGAGCCUCCCAACGCGCCGGAAGCACGCACCGAUGGACAGGCAGCGCGGAGAGGGUUUUCCGAGAGAGCAGAGCUGCCUCAGCUUGUGCCCGCUUGUGCAGCGCACCCGACCCCGGGCGGCAGAAGCGGUCCGGUCUGCCGUGCCCGGUUACCCGCGCGGGGCAUGGGGCAAUAAACGUGUACUGCCGCA